AUGCCUGCCGCCAAGUUCAACAAGAAGAAAGCUGUGAAACGAGACGACCCACAAUCGAAAAGGAAGAAGAAGGACGAGCUCUUCACGCCUAAACGUGGAAAGAAAGAGGAGGAGAAUGAUUCUGACCUCUCUGAUGCUCUGGAUGUGGAAGAAGUAGAGGAUGGAAUGCUUGAUGCUGAUGAACAAGGAUCUGGGUCUGGUUCUGGUUCUGAAGUUUCUUCUGAUGGUGAUGAUCCCUUGGCUGAUGAUUUCUUCCAUGGAAGCGACGAAGAGAAUGUUUCUCGUUCUGUUUCUGGUUCGGAUUCUGAUGAAUCUGACAUCGAAGAGAAGUCGAGAGCUAUUGAUGAAGAAAGAGCGAGGGAAGAAAAAGAUGCAGCUGAUGAAAUGCAGCUCAAUAUUAAAGAAGAAUCCGAUGAGUUCAGAUUACCAACCAAGGAGGAACUUGAAGAAGAGGCGCUUAGACCUCCUGACAUUUCAAAUUUACAAAGGCGGAUAAGAGAAAUUGUUCGAGUUCUUUCAAAUUUCAAGGCUUUGAGGCAAGAGGGGGCGACCCGGAAGGAUUAUGUUGAACAACUUAAGAAAGAUAUUGGUUCAUACUAUGGUUAUAACGAAUUUCUUACUGGGGUUCUAGUUGAGUUGUUUCCUGUUGUCGAGCUAAUGGAACUUAUCGAAGCUUUUGAAAAGCCGAGACCAAUAUGUUUGCGGACUAACACCUUAAAGACAAGAAGGCGUGAUCUGGCAGAUGUUCUGAUUAACAGAGGUGUAAACCUAGAUCCUUUAAGCAAGUGGUCAAAGGUUGGACUUGUUGUAUAUGAUUCCCAAGUGCCAAUUGGAGCAACUCCUGAAUAUAUGGCUGGUUUUUACAUGCUACAAGGUGCAAGCUCCUUUCUUCCUGUUAUGGCCCUUGCUCCUCAAGAAAAAGAACGAAUCGUUGACAUGGCGGCAGCACCUGGUGGUAAAACUACUUACAUAGCAGCACUCAUGAAAAAUAGUGGAAUAAUAUUUGCUAAUGAGAUGAAAGUACCAAGAUUGAAGUCACUUACUGCGAAUUUACAUCGAAUGGGAGUGACAAAUACUGUUGUCUGUAACUACGAUGGGAAGGAGCUCCCGAAAGUGUUGGGGAUGAAUACGGCCGAUAGAGUUCUAUUAGAUGCCCCUUGUAGUGGAUCUGGAGUUGUAUCUAAGGAUGAAUCUGUUAAAACCUCAAAAAGCCUUGAAGAAAUCCAGAAAUGUGCUCAGUUGCAGAAGCAACUUAUACUUGCUGCAAUUGACAUGGUUGAUGCAAAUUCAAAAUCCGGGGGCUAUAUUGUUUACUCCACCUGUUCCAUAAUGGUCGACGAGAAUGAAGCAGUUGUUGACUAUGCACUAAAGAAGAGGAAUGUCAAACUUGUUCCAUGUGGCCUUGAUUUCGGACGUCCCGGGUUUAUCCGGUUUAGGGAAAAACGUUUUCACCCAUCUUUAGAGAAGACAAGACGUUUCUACCCCCAUGUCCAUAACAUGGAUGGCUUUUUUGUAGCAAAGUUGAAGAAAAUGAGCAACAAGAUACCAACUGCUCAAUCUUCAGAAGCAUUGGAAGAAGAGGCAGUGGAAGAGGAGGAUUUUGAGGCAGAGAAGAAGAGCGCAAAUGAGAAGAACGAUGGCGAAUGCCUUCACCCACAAGUGAACGAUGGUAAAAAGAGGAAGAAGGUCGUUUCGGAAAAACACGAAGUUGAAAAUGGCGAAGAAUCAAAGCCGGGUGUGGAAAAGAGGAAGAAGAGAAAAUUUCCCUCGAGAGAGGAAAUCUCAAAAGCUAGGGAAGAAAAGCGAGAAGCUUUGAGGGAAAAGAAAGCUGGUGGGAGCAAGAAAUAAGUGAUUCGAGGUACGUACGUGUUAUGGAUCGAGUAGUCGAUAUAGAAGGUAGUAAAUCUUUAAGAGAGUGAAGAAAUCCACAGAUUAUCUGUUGAGCACACACUUGAAAGGCUGCUCUGCUUAACUCAACCAUGGAAGAAAAUAUAAUAGGUGUUGUACGAAACGUGUCCAAUUUUGAUAGGUUAAGAUAGAUUGAUGUAGUAGUAGGAUCAUUCUCUCCUCUCAUAUCAUCAUACAUUUGGUUUCUAAUUUAUAAUUUUAUGAUGAAAUUUUUAUUCUU